AUGACGACAUUGGAGGCGGAGCAGAAGCAGCAGGAAGUCGUUCUUGGUGGGACCGAAGGCGUUGAAGAAAAGAACGACGAGGCGGUAGAGGAGGUUACACAGUCGCUCGAGGAAAUCCUAGCACUUGGACAAGGGCUGGACGACCAGGACUACAAGGCCGAGCUCGAAGUGCUACAGAACGAUCCGAAUUCGAAUCUGUACUCGGCAGUAACGUUCGAAGAGCUGAAUUUACCGGAGCCGUUGCUCAAGGGCGUGUACAACAUGAAGUUUGCCAAGCCGUCCAAGAUCCAGUCGGUGGCGUUGCCUUUGAUCUUGGCUGAUCCACCCGAGAACCUUAUUGGUCAGGCACAAAGUGGCAGUGGUAAAACUGCUACUUUUGCGCUGGGAAUGCUAUACCGAGUGGAUGUGAACUUGAGAGCCCCUCAAGCCUUAUGUGUUGGUCCCACUCGUGAGCUGGUUCGGCAGAUUAUGGCUGUGGUAAACGCCAUGGGCAAAUUCAUUGGCGUCGAGACGUUUUUGGCAAUCCCAGGCAACGACGUGGCUCGUGGAGAGCGGUUAACAGCCCAAGUGAUUGUAGGAACUCCUGGCAAGGUCGAAGGUAUGAUCAAGAAGAAGCAGCUCGACACUCGCGACGUGAAGAUCUUUGUGUUGGACGAGGCCGAUGUGAUGGUUGCUGAAGAUGGUAUGCGCGAGCGCUCUGUAUCAAUCAAGCGUCUGAUUAAGAACCGAGCUUGUCAGUACCUCUUGUUCUCGGCUACGUACGCUGAUGACGUGCGGGAGUUUGCCCAGAAAAUGGUGCCUGACCACAACAUCAUCACAGUCAAGAAGGAGAAGCUCACCCUUGACGGCAUCAAGCAGUUCUGGAUUGACUGCAAGACUCGUGACAACAAAUACCAGGUGCUCUCGGACAUCUUUGCCGUCCUGUCGAUCGGGAAGUGCGUCAUCUUUGUGCAGCAGCGCGAAACGGCCAAAGAGCUGACGCGUCGGAUGCGUGAGAAGGGCCACAUGGUUGGGAUCCUGCAUGGUGCUGACAUGGCCAAGGAGGUGCGCGAUCAAGUCAUCGAUGAGUUCCGAGCUGGCACGACCAACGUGCUGAUCACUACGAAUGUGCUUGCUCGUGGAAUCGAUGUGGCGGGGGUAUCCCUUGUCGUGAACUUCGACAUCCCGCUUACUCGAGACCAGCGCCCGGAUCCCGAAACGUACUUGCACCGUAUCGGUCGUACCGGUCGUUUCGGCCGCAAAGGCUGUGCCAUCAACUUUGUCUACGACGACAAAAGCAAGCAGGACCUUGCGGAUAUCGAAGAGCACUAUGCGCGGCCGAUAAUUCAGGCUCCCGCGGACGAUAUCGAGGAACUCGAGAAGUUGCUGGCUUGGGAGUAA